CCGCUAACAAUUUUCAAGUCUUUUUUUAAUUUUCUGGGUCAUGCCAUUGAAUGUCUUUAAGGCUCUUCCCUUUGUGGGCAUGUAAAAAGGAUGAAUUUUGCGGUGAUGGGAGAGAAUUGGAAGAGGGAUUUCGUGACAGAGGCCAAGAAACAACUGUGGAUUGCUUUUCCACUGUUUUUCGCUGCGGUCUUACAGUUCCUGCUGCAAGUUAUAUCGGUUAUGUUUGUCGGCCGUCUUGGACAAUCAACCCUUGGUGGCGCCUCGUUAUCCAUCUUUUUUGCAUCCGUCACGGGUUUCACGGUUUUGAUGGGAUUGGCUGGACACACUCUGCGGUCAGUCGUUCGGAGCGCAGAAGCUUCAUAUGGUUGGCAUACAUACACAGCGGGCAAUGGUUGUCCUCUUGUCAGUAUGCAUUGUUAUUGCUGCACUAUGGGCCAACACAGAACGCAUUCUGAUCUUCAUGCAUCAAAAUCACGAGAUGUCAAGGGUAGCCGGGGUCUAUUCGUAUUACAUGAUCCCGAGCUUGUUUGCAUACGCCAUCCUCCAGUGUCUCACAAAGUUCUUGCAGACACAAAACAACGUUUAUCCGAUGAUGCUCACCUCCAUUGUGACAACAUUGUUCCAUGCUGUUGUGUGCUGGGUUUUAGUUUUCAAAUCUGGUCUGGGAUAUAGAGGAGCGGCAUUGGCAAACUCGAUCUCAUACUGGCUCAAUGUAGCGUUGUUAGUCGGCUACAUAAAAUGCUCUCCGUCUUUUAGAGAAACAUGGACAGGGUUUUCCAGAGAAGCCGUUCGAAACAUCCCCACAUUCCUCAAAAUCGCGAUACCUUCAACAUUUAUGCUAUGGUGGUACAUGAUUUGAAUGCACCGCCACAUUUUUUAUUAUGAAAUCUUUCCAGAGUUUAAGUAAUUUUAGUGUUGCUGGCCAGAAACUUGUUUUGUAACACUUCUUGUUCUUCCUUUCCUUCAUCGUGAAUAGCUUAAAAUGUUGGACGUUUGAGAUUGUUCUUAUUCUUAGCGGCCUACUGCCCAAUCCCAAGCUGGAGACAUCAGUGAUGUCUAUUUGUCUGAACACAUCUAGCUUGGUAUGGAUGCUUCCAUUUGGCCUCAGCGCUGCAAUCAGCACUCGGGUCUCGAAUGAACUAGGAGCAAACCAACCAAAUGCUGCAAAGUUGGCCACUCGAGUGGUCAUGUUCAUGGCGCUGGCACAAGGCAUUCUUGUUGCGGCGUGCAUGAUUUCGCUGCGCAAUCUGUGGGGCCAUGUGUACAGCAACGAAAAGGAUGUCAUAAGUCAUGUAGCCGCCAUGAUGCCACUACUUGCUGUCGCUAGCUUCCUCGAUGGAAUCCAGAGCGUGUUCUCUGGCAUUGCUAGAGGAAGUGGAUGGCAGAAAAUAGGCACAAUGAUCAAUCUGGGGUCGUACUAUAUAAUAGGUGUUCCAUGCGCCGUUGUUCUCGGAUUCGUUGUACACCUUAAAAGCAAGGGUCUUUGGAUUGGCGUUAUAUCGGCAUUUGCAUUGCAAGUCCUUAGUUUUCUUAUCUUCACAGUUCGCACGAACUGGGAACAAGAGGCUAGUAAGGCUGGUAUAAGAGUUCAAACCCAAAGCGUUGUGGUGGGAGGCAACAACGAUGUCAUCACAGAAAGUCCGGUUUAGUUGAACGCCAUAGGAUUGCAAAUGAGAUUGAUUGGAUUGAACAAAGUGAGCUGUUUGAUGUGUAAAUGAGUAGUAAUCUUUUAUACUACCAACUCUUAUUUUGAGUCAGGGGAGCAGCAGAUGAGAUGCUUAGUUUUCAGCCAAUUAAGCCAUUUUUGUUUCUUCCAUACAAGUGCAGGUUGCAUAUUUCUUGUCCAGAAAUGUGGAUGAAAUGACCACCAGCUUUGCUUUGCUUUGCUUGUUUCUUAGUAUUACACAGUGCUAGGUUUGAAUCAGGGAGGGAUUUUGGUCUUUUGUUUUAUUGUUUUAGUUUUAAGAGUGCAUCUAACCAAGUUGUGAUAUGCUAUUCUGGGAUGACUUGUUCAAAACAGUCAGUGUGGCGGCUAAUGUUGUGUGGGCUUUUAGCCUACUGGUUUGUACUUUUUUUUUGAAGUCUCUGGUUUGUACUUUAA